AUGAGAAGCAGGGUUGUGGUCAGUGGCACUGUGGCAGCAGUGCUGUUUGGGGGUUUGUUGGUGGUGGUCACAGUCAGCAGCGCUGCAGAUGCUGCAGACGCUGCAACGCAAGGGAACAAGUCAAGUGCAGAAUGGAUUGAGCACGCCUCUUCUGUCGGGCCCAUGGGCCUCUUUGAUCCCACGAACCCGUACGAUCGCUUGCCCCCGCGUGGCGUGGACCCCGAUUUUGAGUGCGACUGGCGCAAGGCCGCCUGGAAAUACGCGCAGAAGCUGCAGCCGAGUCAGCCCAACCUGCGCGCCGUCUUUGACGCGCUGCAGCUGGAGCAAUGUGGCGAGAGCUUGGGUGGGUUCAGGCCAGCCGAACCAUCUUCCUUGUCCACGUUUUCGCUUCCAGCGCACGCCUCGGAUGCCAACACCUUCUAUGUUGACGCAGUCGCCGGGAGCGACUCCAACCCAGGAACGUUGGCCAAACCGUUCCGCACUGUGCUUCGAGCUGUUGAGGCGACACGCGGGCUGCCGGCGUCACUGCAGCCGGGGACGGUGGCGCUGCGUGGUGGCGUGCACCGCUUCGACAGCACCCUCCAUCUUGGCAGCAGCGACAGCGGCCUCACCUUGCAGAACUACAACGGCGAAAAGGCCAUCAUCACGGGAGCUCUUCACCUUGGCGAGCUGCAGUGGCUGCCGUUCAACGUGACGCGAGGCAAUGUCACAUGGGACGUGCACCAGAACACAAACGCCGUGUAUGGCGCCCCUUCAACCCACAACGCAUCCCAACCCGUGUACAUCUACAACAAGACGGCGACGCCGGAGGCGUGCGAGGCCGCCUGCAAGAACCAUCCACGGUGCAACGUCUGGACAUGGCAUGACAGCAAGCAGAAAGGGUACGAGCUGGACUGCUUCUUCCGCACGGACGGCGUGUGGUCGACUGUGCAGCAGACGGGGCACGUCUCUGGACACGCGUACAGCACAUCGAUGAGGCAGUGGGGCCAGUCACGUGAGGGACGCAACAUCUGGGCAGCGGCGCUUCCGCAUCCGCCCGCCGCCAUCACGGGCCUGCGCGUCAAUGGCGAGCGAGCCAUCCGUGCACGCUACCCCGACGCAAACCCCGAACGCGACCUGUUUCCAAAGGGGUGGAUCAGUGCGCACACGGCAUGGUUUGGCCGCUUGCAUGGGGACUUGCCCCAGACCAACAUCGUGGUUGAUACGCCCAACCGCUCGUUUGAACAGGACGAAUUCCAGCACUUUGUGCUGGGCAUUGGCGGCACAUGCGACUCCUUCACACCACCAGAGGGAUAUUGGUGCAGCACCAACACGAGUGGCGGCGGUGCGUUUACGUAUCGAAUUCCGGCCGGUCUGCAGUAUUCCCAGCAGCUGCUGCCGCACUCGCACGCAUAUGUCAACGCAACGGGCGCAAUUGUGCAGGCGUGGCGGCCGGGGCACUGGGCGUCGUGGAUGUUUGAGGUGGACGGUUUUCAUCCGCAGAACGAGAGCUUCACGUGGACGAGGGGCGGAUUCCAGGGCGCGCGCGGCAGCGACAGCGGCGCGGAGUGGUUCAUUGAGAACGUGUUUGAGGAACUUGACGCGCCAAACGAAUACUACUACGAUGCACGCAAGGGCGCGCUGUAUCUGUACUACAACGGCAGCGUGGGCACGCCCCCGCCCGCCUCUGGCGUGGAGGCGACGAACUUGAAGGUCCUCAUCUCUGCCGUCGCCGCCCAAGCCGAUCCAAUCACCAACCUCACCAUCAGGGGUCUCCACUUCCGUGAUGGCGCGCUCACGUACAUGGAUCCACACGGCAUGCCAUCAGGCGGCGACUGGGGUCUGCAGCGCACAGCGCUCGUCUUUCUCGAGGGGACAGAACACGCGUUGGUGCAGGGGUGCAACUUUACGCGGAACGACGGGAUUGCGCUGAUGCUCUCCGGAUACAACCGAUUCGCCACCAUUCGGGACAAUGAGAUUGUGCUGAACGGCGAUUCUGCGAUUGCUGCGUGGGGGUACACUGAUCGGAUUGACGCCACAGGGGGCGCGCAGCCACGCCUGUCCACCAUCGCCAACAACUUCGUGCACGAGAUGGGCCUGUAUGAGAAGCAGAGCAGCGCGUGGUUCCAGGGCAAGACGGCGCAGACCACGCUCAGCGGCAACAUCUUCUUCAACGGCCCGCGCGCUCUCAUCAACUUCAACGACGGAAUGGGCGGAGCGAACGUCGUUGAGGACAACCUGCUGUUCAACUCGUGUCGCGAGAGUUCCGACCACGGGCCCAUCAACUCGUGGGACCGCCAGCCGUUUCUCACGCGCGUCAACACGGGCGAGGCGUCCCUGGUGCCGGCAUACACGACGAUUGGCAGCAACUUUGUUGUUGCCAACUACGGCGCUGAUGGCGGCUGCUUUGACACCGACGAUGGCAGCAGCUUCUACCUCGUCACCAGCAACUUCUUCGUGUAUGGCGGACACAAGUCCGACUUCAACGGCCACAACAAGCGCUCCGAACACAACAUCAACGCAUACCCUCAGGUGUACGGCCCGCGGUGUCUGUCUGUGCCGCUGCCGGAUCCAAAGCUUGGGCGGCAGUGGAGCGAGGGCUACUCGAACUGCACGUGCAUCCUCGCUGACGAGGGCGGUGUGUAUCUGAACAUCGACAACUGCGACGGCGUGACACCCGACACCAUCACACUCAUUCUCGGCGACAACAAGGUCUACGCACCAAACGGCAAGGUGACCAUCCAGUGUGGCAAGUCGUACACGUUGUCCGAGUGGCAGGCCGCGGGCUACGAUGCCGGAACAACGGUCCACACCGCCGCCACGUCCAAGGACAUCAUCGCAUGGGCACACGCCCUCCUUGGGUUCUGA